AUGUGUAUCGCGACAGUUGUACGUGGAAGUUCCCUCUGUUUUUAUUUCAAAUCGAAAUCAUUCACCCCGGAGGAAUUACGUGAAUUUAUCAAAUUAUUGGCACCAGAUAUGAUAGUAACAGAAUAUAUUGAUUACACCUAUUUAUCACCAGAUGGCAAUGACAAUCAUAAUACGCGAGGGAUAUUAGUAAGUUUUGAACAUCAAAAUUCGGCGCAAAUAUUCAUGGCGAAAUUUGAUCAAAAUAAAAACUUUUUACGCCCCAAAUGGACGUUAUGUAUGGCCAAGAGCCACCGGAGUAACAAGAUUUUCAUUGAACUAUGCAAUAUUGUUCGUUUAAUGACACAAUUUUCUGCUCAACUUCAAGAAUAUAUUCACAACCGUUUAAAGUUACCUCUACAACCAGGAAAAUGUGGUCAUCUAGAGCAAGCUGCACUUUUGUAUGAUCGAGCUAAGAUAUGCAAAAUGAAUAACAAUACCGGCGACCUUACACACAGAAAAAAAUUCAAUGAAGCUUGUUUGAUUAACAGUCGUUUAUUAUUUGAAUUAAUUCAUUCAUUAAUAUCAUCAACUUCUUCAUUCGAAUCGUCAACACUAUCAUCCGCUCGUUCAUUUGCUACUCGUCUUCCUGCUCAAUCACCAAAUGAUAUUGAUGAGAAUUGUAGAACAAUAUAA